AAUACAAUAAAAUUGAACGGUUUCUCUCCUCUCCGCUGCCGAUCAACGCCGAGACUCUGAUAGCACUGGAUACUACAAGCCGGAGUGUCAGACUAUCCAAAUCAAUCCAAGGCAAUUUUCGAUUUAAUCACUCUUUCUCUGUCUGGAUUAGAAGGCAGCAGUUAGUUUGACUCUUUGCUGAAGGAAAUACUAGGCGUGGUUCGGGCUUGGUUUGCGGAGAGGGGCUUAUAUAUAUAUAGUUCACAAAAUGACACAAGUCUUUAGUUAUACAGCCUGUAGACAGGUUUCAGAAAUGCUAUUUUCUAUAGCUUUCUUUCAUGUUUCGGAAUACAUUCUAGCAAUUAUUUUCCACGGGAAGUCGAAUGUUACUCUCAAGUCUUUGCUGAUCAGCAAAAAUUAUCUCGUGGCGAUGAUAUUUUCAUUGCUAGAGUACUUGGUUGAAGUUUAUAUUUUCCCUGGUUUAAAGGAACAUUGGUGGAUAAGUAACUUUGGUCUAGCCAUGGUUGUCGUUGGGGAAGUUAUUAGGAAACUGGCAAUAAUAACUGCGGGUAGGGCAUUCACUCAUCUUAUCAAAGUUCGUCAUGAGGAGCACCAUGAAUUGGUGAGGCAUGGAGUCUACGGAUAUGUCCGUCACCCUGGAUAUUCAGGUUUCCUCAUAUGGUCAGUUGGCACUCAAAUAAUGCUGUGCAAUCCAAUAUCCACAGUUGCAUUUUCUCUCAUUGUUUGGCGUUUUUUCUCACAAAGAAUACCAUACGAAGAGUACUUCUUGAGGGAGUUCUUUGGGUCACAUUAUGAUGCUUAUGCCCAGCAGGUUCCUUCUGGGAUUCCCUUUGUGAAUUGAUGGAUGGGAUUCUUGUGCAGACUUAUGUGGAACUGAAAAUGGAAAAGUUCUGGAAAUGUUAAAUUGCGGAAGCCUCAACACUUUUUUAGUUUAAAGUCGGUUUAUUUGCGUCUUUUUCUUAUGAAAAUGGUGAGAGCCCUGUCAUAAGCAGGAUAACUUGGAAAGUUCUGCAAUGAGGAACACAGCUCUAAGAUAUUCUCCGUCAUUUCUCAUCUGAUAUUAAGGUAGAAAUGAGUUUUGAAAUUUA